AUGUCCGCGCCCGGCCGGUGGGCGCCCCUGCUCCUGGGCCUGCUGCUGACCGCUCCAGGGGGCUCCCGUCUAGCCCCUCCUCGGAACGUGACGCUGCUCUCCCAGAACUUCAGCGUGUACCUGACGUGGCUCCCUGGGCUUGGCAACCCCCAGAACGUGACCUAUUUUGUGGCCUAUCAAAGCUCUCCCACCCCCAGGAAGUGGCAAAAAGUAAAAAAGUGUGCAGGAACCCGGGCACUGGUGUGUCCCCUCAUGUGCCUGAAGAAACAGGACCUGUACAACAAGUUCAAGGCUCGUGUGCAGGCGGCUUCUGCCCGUGUCCGGUCCCCUUGGGUGGAGUCUGAGUCCCUGGAUUACCUUUCUGAAGUGGAACCAGCCCCGCCCAUCCUGGUGUUCACCCAGACCAAGAAGAUCCUGAGGGUCAACGCCACCUACCAGCUGCCCCCCUGCAUGCCCCUUGUGGACCUGACGUACAAGGUGGAAUUCUGGAAGGAGGGCACCACAAACAAGACAGUAUAUCCAGCCACCCCACAUGGCCAGACAGUCCAGGUGCCCCUACCGCCAGCCACCAGCGGACGCUACUGUCUCAGCGCCAGAACCAUCUACACCUUCAUUUCCCCUAAAUACAGCAACUUCUCCACGCCCAUCUGCUUCUUCCUGGAGGCCCCAGGACCCAUCUGGACAGUCCUGGUGUUGCCGUCACUUCUGCCGCUGCUGCUGGUGGUGGCCUCGGUGGGUAUGAUCUGGAAGAGUCUUCAGGGAAACCCCUGGUUUCGGCAGUCCAAGAUGCCACAGGCCCUGGACUUUUCUGGAUGCAGACACUCUGUGCUAACCUUCCAGUCCAGUGGACCGGAGUCCCUAGAUGACUUAUUCCUCUGUCCCCAAAACGAACUCAUCAGAAAGGUCAGGCCGGCCCCCCAGGUCAGGGCCUCAGACGCUCUGAAGGCAGGGUCAGAAGAGAAACUGACUGAGGACGAAGAUGACAAUGUCAGCUUCCAGCCCUACAUUGAACACCCCACCUUCCUGGGUCAAGAGCUCCGGGUCUCGGGGCACUCUGAGGCAGAUGGGUCCGGCGUGGACUCAGGAAGGCCCUGGACACUUGUGGUCCCUGGAGAAGGCUCCUCUGCUUGGGAUUCUUCAGACGGGAGCUGGCCCAGCACCGUAUAUUCCUCACCCUGGGACGAGGCUGGGUCCUCCAGCUAUUUGGCCAAGAAGCGGCCGGGUCAAGGGCUUAGCGGGGACCAGCAUCCGGAGCUUCUUCCAUACCCAGAAUUCCCUGAGGACUUGGGCUCCCUGGAAGAGCCCCUGCAGGGUGACCUCUUCAGGUGGACCACCUGGGGCUCCUCCUCCCCAGGGAGGAAUCUGCUCCCCGGGGAGCCCCAGGUUUCUCUUCGGACACUGACCUUCUGCUGGGACAGCAGCCCAGACGAGGAGGAGGAAGAGGAACAGCAGGAGGAAGAGGAGGGUGAGAGGGAGGCGGAGGUGGAGGGCCAGCUCAGUCCAGUGGACUGGAGCACCGACAGCUCGGGGGCCGGGGGCUGCCAGAGGACCGAGGUCAGGAGUGGGGUGCUGGGGCACUACAUGGCCAGGUGA